CCGAGCCUGCUUCGUGGUUGUGAGCGCGACGCCUGAGGGAAACGAACAAGCUUUCUCUCUCUCUCUCUCGCUUGCUCUGUGACGCUACUUCUGAAUCCGCUGGGCAUGGAGGUUUUGUUGCCUCCGACUCACUAGGUUCUCCGACCCUUUGUCGAAGGAGGAGAUUGUUGGAGCUCGGGGUUCAGCGGCGACGGCGUCGCCAAAUACUCACGCGCUGCGGACGGAAUUUGAGCUGGCCGGGAGGGCGAAGUGGCGGAAGAGAGGCGGUUGAUGUCUGAGGAAUCGUCGGAUCGGUUCAUCUUUGGUGACGGGGCUCACGACUAUUUCCCAAUGCCGUCGGAGACACCCCUGGCCGCCUCGUCUCGUUACUCGUUCCUCUGGGGGCCGGAACCAACGUGGAUCUUUGAUGAACUGCCUAAGGCGACGGUCCUCUCUAUCUCGCAGCCGGAUGCGAGCGAUAUUACGCCUGCGCUGCUCACGUAUACCAUCGAGUUUCAGUACAAGCAGUUCAAGUGGCAAUUGGUGAAGAAAGCUUCACAGGUUUUCUUUCUCCAUUUUGCUUUGAAAAAGCGUGCAAUCAUCGAGGAAUUUCAUGAGAAACAAGAACAGGCGAAAGAAUGGCUUCAAAACUUGGGUAUAGGUGAGCAAAUUGUAGUUGCACAAGAUGAAGAUGAAGCUGAUUAUGUUGCUGCAGCACUACCACACGAAGAAAACUAUGUAAAUAGGAACAGGAAUGUUCCUUCACGUGCAGCUUUGCCAAUGAUUAAACCAGCACUAGGACGAGAACGGUCUAUUUCAGAUAGAGCAAAGGUUGCAAUGCAGGGAUAUCUAAAUCAUUUCUUGGGGAACAUGGAUAUAGUGAACUCUAGGGAGGUCUGCAGAUUUCUGGAGGUCUCAACAUUGUCUUUUCUUCCCGAGUAUGGACAUAAGCUAAAGGAGGAUUAUGUUAUGGUGAAACAUCUGCCUAACAUUCAGAAGGAUGUCAGUAGUUGCUGUUGUUUAUGCCCUCUGUUUGAUUGUUGCAAUAGUAAUUGGCAAAAGGUUUGGGCAGUUCUAAAACCAGGGUUUUUGGCUUUUCUGGAAGAUCCUUUUGAGGAUAAACUUUUGGAUAUAGUUGUUUUUGAUGUACUUCCACCUUCUGAUGGCAAUGGUGGGACUAGGGUUUCUCUUGCAGAAGAUACAAAGGAGAAAAAUCCUCUGCGCUGUGGGUUCACUGUGUCUUGCGGGACCAGGACCUUAAAGUUGAGGACCAGUAAUAAGGCCAAAGUCCAUGAUUGGGUUGUUUCAGUAAAUGAUGCCGCUUUACGACCGCCUGAAGGCUGGUGUUAUCCUCAUAGAUUUGGUGCUUUUGCUCCUCUAAGGGGUUUGAAUGAAGAUGGGAGUCAAGCUCAAUGGUUCAUUGAUGGAAAAGCAGCAUUUGAAGCAAUUGCAUCAUCAAUAGAAGGUGCAAAAUCAGAGCCUGAAGGGUAUGUGCAGAUUUUCAUAACUGGUUGGUGGCUAUGCCCAGAACUGUACUUACGCCGCCCUUUUAGUGUUCAUGACUCCUCUCGACUUGAUGUUUUGCUGGAAGAAAAAGCUAAGCAAGGGGUUCAGAUCUAUAUACUUCUAUACAAGGAAGUUCCACUUGCAUUGAAGAUCAACAGUGUAUAUAGCAAGCGGCGACUUCUUAGCAUUCAUGAGAAUGUGAAAGUUCUGCGUUAUCCUGAUCAUUUCUCAACUGGCAUUUAUCUCUGGUCUCAUCAUGAAAAGAUUGUCAUUGUGGACUAUCAAAUUUGCUAUAUAGGGGGUUUAGACUUGUGUUUUGGUCGUUAUGACAACCCUCAACAUGAAGUUAAUGAUUUCCCUGCUCGGAUAUGGCCUGGCAAGGACUAUUACAAUCCCCGAGAGUCUGAGCCAAACUGUUGGGAAGAUACCAUGAAGGAUGAAUUGGACCGUGAAAAAUAUCCACGAAUGCCAUGGCAUGAUGUUCACUGUGCUCUAUGGGGACCCCCUUGUCGUGAUGUUGCAAGACAUUUUGUCCAGCGUUGGAACUAUGCUAAAAGAAACAAAGCCCCAAAUGAACAAGCAAUCCCUCUACUUAUUCCACAACAUCACAUGGUUAUUCCACAUUACAUGGGUAAAGAUAGUGCCAUAGAUCUUAAGCCCAAGCAGCAUGAGAAUUGUGGACUUAAAUGCCAAUAUUCUGCUGCCUCCAGGACAUCAGUACAAGAUGUCCCACUGCUGUUACCUAAGGAGGCUGACCGAAAGGACAUUGCUAUUGGAGACACAAAAGGCAACGAACUAAGAAUAAGUCCUGAUGUCAUUGACCAGAGAAUGGUAUCCAGCUGGAGCCAUGUCUUUUCUUAUAGGAAGUCGAAGGUUGAUCAUGGUCCAGAUAUGCAGAUGGAAGGGUUUGUUAAUGAUCAUGGUACCAAACGUAUUCAAGGAAAGCCGUUGAUAGACACAUCUAAACAACAAAAUGAUGAGUGGUGGGAUACCCAGGAGAGGCUCACAUUUGACACUCCCACAAAUGAAGCUACACAAGUUGGUCCCUGCUGCUCCUGUCGCUGUCAGGUUGUCAGGAGUGUUGGGCAAUGGUCUGCAGGAACAAGUCAAACCGAGGAAAGCAUUCACAAUGCAUAUUGCGCAAUUAUUGAGAAAUCUGAACACUUCAUAUACAUUGAGAAUCAGUUUUUCAUAUCAGGUCUUUCAGGAGAUGAUAUAAUCCACAACCGUGUGCUAGAAGCAUUAUACCGCCGAGUUUUGCGUGCAUACAAUGAAAAGAAAAGUUUUAGAGUAAUUGUGGUUGUACCUCUCUUGCCUGGAUUCCAGGGAGGGAUAGAUGAUGGAGGUGCUGCAACUGUGAGAGCUCUAAUGCACUGGCAGUAUCGCACCAUCUGCAGAGGACAGAGCUCUAUACUGAAAAACUUACAUGAUAUCAUUGGUCCUAAAACUGAUGAUUAUAUUUCAUUUUAUGGCCUUAGAUCUUAUGGAAGGUUAGGCGAUCAUGGCCCUCUUGCCACUAGUCAGGUCUAUGUCCAUAGCAAGCUGAUGAUUGUUGAUGAUCGUGCUGUGCUGGUUGGAUCUGCUAAUAUAAAUGACAGAAGUUUGCUAGGCUGCAGAGAUUCUGAGAUUGGUAUUCUUAUUGAGGAUAAAGAGUUUGUUGGUUCAUGUAUGAAUGGAAGCCCAUGGAGAGCUGGGAAGUUUGCUUACAGUCUCCGCAUGUCAUUGUGGUAUGAACAUCUUGGUUUACAUCCUACAGAGAUGUCUAGAAUUUGUGACCCUGUGAUUGAAGCAACAUACAAGGAUAUAUGGAUGGCAACUGCAAAGACAAAUACCAUCAUCUAUCAAGAUGUAUUUGCAUGCAUCCCGAAUGAUCGAAUACACUCCAGAACCGCAUUAAGGCAAGCGAUGGGUUACUGGAAGGAGAAGAUUGGGCAUACAACCAUCGAUUUAGGAAUAUCUCCUGAGAGGCUGGAGUCUUAUCAAAAUGGAGAUGCCAGAGCAAUUGACCCCAUGGAGAAACUACAGUCAGUGAAAGGGUUCCUUGUCUCUUAUCCCUUGGAUUUCAUGUGCCAAGAAGAUCUAAGACCAGUAUUCAACGAGACUGAGUUUUAUGCGUCUCCGCAAGUCUUCCAUUAACUACUUCAAGCAGAAAUCAGUCUGCAGAAAUGUGAGACGGCAUACACCGAACUAGUUGUAUAUCCUCCUCCAUUAAUUUGUUAGUGAAGUGUGCACCUACUGCCUUUCUUGCCUCAUUCAGAUGGUUGGUGAAGGACGGACACCCUUUCCGUCGUUUGUCCAGGCAAACGAUGGCGGAGGAAGUUUCCCACCACUGAAUGCCUUGCCCCCAAUUUGUAAUUAUUUUUUCCCUAUUCUUUGCCCACCAUUAUGGGCGAUAUGUCACAAUUCUUAGUUGUUUUAUCAUGGACAAGUGCAUCUGUCAAAUAUGUAAAAGAAAUAAAAAGCAAGGCAAGUUCCACAGUCCCAGGCCUGCCUAUCCAAUGGAUUUGGAUGUAUAGAUUAGAGAAUGCUACCAUAUCUAAUAGGACUAGUAGGAACCGUUAUAUCUUACUGGCACAUUCGUGCAGUCUUGUUUGUCCAACGUUUCUUUUUAGAUCUGGCUGGAAAGUUGAGCUUUGUGACUGUGAGGAGGGAGGGCAGCCGGCCGGGUGCGGAGCCCGACAACAUCGGAAACGACCAGUCCAUCUAACCCUCGCCGGCAGCCAGAUCCAUGGUCGGUCCAAUGCUGGUGGUCCGGUGAAACGCGAUGAUGGUAAUCGCCAAUGGCCAUGGAAAGAGAGGAAAUAAAAGAGAGGUAGGAAAACUGAAAAGAGGCGGGAGGAAAAUGACUAGGAAAAAGUGCGUGGAGCAAGGCCGGGUCGGGGCCCCGGUACCCGGGCCGGCUACUCGACGGUCUGUCGAGCAAUAACUGGGUUCAUGCGACUAUGGAAAGUCAGAUCUCGAUGGCGAUGGACGGUUCCGAUGAAAGGCUUGAGCGACGAGGGAACCUUUAGGCCCUUGGAGGCCAAUUUAUUUUUUUAGGGGCUAAAUUAGUCAUUUUCAGUAGUCGGUCUGUCAAAAACCCUAGGAUGCAAAUUCUAUAUAACUAACCUCUCUCACUAUCGACUGCCUCGCUCUCUCCCUGGUAGGUUUUCUGUUUAUAAUUUUUCCGUUCUCUGUUUUCCUUUUUCCCCUUCUGUGCUUGUGAUGUGCGAUCCUCUGUGAUGAGAAACAGAUGACGAGUCUGAUAUUCUUUGAUGUCAUACGAGGCAUUUGUCUGAGAGGAGCUGUUUUGCUUGUCCUUCGUGAUCUUUCUUGCCGAUCCACCCCCUUUCUCUGUAACUCUAUUACUAUAUGUUAAUUUGUUUUGCGAUACAUAAACGCUCUUUCUUCUUUAUUGUAUAUCUUUUUACUCAAUUUUUCUUCCCUAUAAAAUAAUACUGCGUUUGUUUGCACGCUAAUGAUUUUAACUCAUUUUGUUUGUGGUUCUUCCUCAGCCAAUUUAUAUCUUCUCGUUAUAAUCUCUGAAAUAGUUCUUUCGGUCAGCACACCUUCCGGGACACUAUUUGUUGAAUUCCUAUAGCUCUUCUUUAGUGCAGUUUUGAUGGGCAUUACCGCAUCCGUGCUACUUCGACUAGGUUCUUCAAGACCCGCAUUUUUGGAGUCUUGUUUGUCUUGUACGCUGUUUGAGCACUUGAUUUCCUCCGAAUGACCUUUUAUCCAGAAAAAAUACUAGUCUGGGUGGUUGUAAAUUAAGGAAACGAUUUUUGACACCCCCGUUGAUCGUAACUGCAAUUUGCAGGUUCCCAAGGAUGUUUCCUUGACCAUGCUAAUACUGAUUAGUUGAUGAGUAUUUUUCUCAAGUUGCUGAGGGAACUGCUUCUUCCAUUUGUCCAAUGUUUUUAUCCGUCUUGGAUGGUCUCCUGCUUUUGUUUCAUUUUCUUCUGCGCUCGCCGUUCUUGUGUUAGCUCUUCUGCUGUGCGCCUUUCUGUGGUGCUGUUGAUCUCAGGCUCGUUUGUUUGGAUUAUAUUUGUAGUACAACCAUUACAAUUGUGUGUUUAUAUGUGUUUAUCCUCUUGUAAAAUUCAGAUGAUAAUCCCGAUUAAGUAUUGGUCUCUCUCUUUUUCUUUACCAACAAUAAAACACGCUCUUGCGGUGCAAUAUUUACUUUCUUGAUCGAUAAUUCUCUUUUGUAGCUGCAUCCUCAUGAAGGAUCUCCCACCUGUAUUCUGAAACUUGAUCUUGCAUUUCUGACAUUAGCAUUAUUUACCUACUCAUCAGCACGCAUUCUCAGGUUUUAUGAAAGCUGAUUACUGCAUUGCUGGUGGGAUAAAACUGAUGCUUAUAUGUAAUGGUUGGCUUACCAGCUCACUGCAAUCUUUUGUUUUGGCAUUAGAGUCAAAUGGACCAACCAAAAUAUGUUUGCCAUGUCACUUUGUUUUCUGUCGUAGACGAACAUUUGCAUUUUUUGCUUUCCAACUUCUAUCUUUUCUGCGAUUGGUGUUCCUAUUGUUCAUUAGCAUCUAUGCUGCAAAUUAGUUUGUGCUGUUUUCGCAGUUAUGCACGUCUUUGCUGAAGUUUUAGAGUAGUGGGCAUGAUGUUUAAUCUUGAAAAUGAAUGAUGUUGGCAAUCAGUUUACGUUUUCCCACUUGCAUCCUCUCGUUACAUGGUAGAAAUAGGGCUAACAGAAGGGAAAUGAUGGUAAUGCUCUUUUCCUACUCACUUUGUCCUUCAACCGAUUUCUUUUCUAAAACGUUUUCAUUUGGUCAUCGUAGGAUGACUUUUUCUUGGAGACAACAAACAGCGGGGCAGAUGAUGUAAACUAUCUUAUCCUACACACUGAAAUAUGAUGUGGACAUAAACUCCGCUUAUUAUCUGAUGCCCUUGUUUUCCUAAAAGUCUGUCUGUUCGUAUGCAAUGUGCAAAGUCCGUCGUCGUAUUUUCUGUAUAGUGCUAGCAGCUUCUCUAGUUCUUGGGAGAUCUACUGCUCCACUCGAGCGUUGGUUCCCUUGCAUUGUGAGUGUUUCUGCUUAACAUCUUUUGGCGUCCCUGCAUCUGGAGGUGGAAAAUCAAACGGUUCUCUUUAAGGAGAAGUUUGGCACGCUCUCUUGUAAUUUUACUUGUGGCAUGCCUUCUUGUUGGUGCGGCAUUGCCCAUACAUAAAUGUGUAUAUCAAUUUUUCAUUUUUUACGUUGUAUCUGAACAUUCCAUCUUUGUGGAGUUUAUUUGAUGUUCGGAUCUCGUUGUCCCUAGCGUCAUGCCUUGUAGUAUUUUUCUUUUCCCAAGACAAACUAGAUUGGAGCCGAUUGUUCUGACCCUUGACCUUCUUCACCACGGGUGGGUGUUGGCCCAUCCAAGAAAAUUUGUCAUAUAUGUAAAAUUUAUUUAUUUUCUAUUGGAAAUCUAAGUGGUAAUUAUUUCGUUGAUAGUUAA